UACUGUGUGAGCUGUGAUUGGUCACAGCUUGUCACAUGGUACAAGGCUGUUGUGAAUAGCCCUAUACCAUGUGACCUCUGUGAUCAUUCACAGACUUCACACGUAGUAAGCAAUGAUGUCAGAAUUGACAUCUUGCUUACACCUAUUCAUGUGAUCACUGAUUGGCUAAUCAGUGAUCACAUGAUCGGGACCUCGCACAGAGGUCCCUUACAGCGAUUGGUGUUCCGCUGUGUCCAGAGGAUACAGCGGGCACCGGAUCCUGGUGCCGCGCGCUCCCAGGGAGCGCGCACAAUCCAAAAUGGUGGGCGUCGUUUAUCAACGGCAACCCACCCCUGGACUGCCACCGUCCAGCCGUUUAUAUGCAGCAGCCGGAUGGUAAGUGGUUAA